UAACACAUCUUCCUCAAUCAUUGGCUUUACGACACUGCUGUUCCUUUGCGGCUCCUCCUGGCUAUUGCGGACGCAUAGGUAAACAAUCCCAGCGUCUCUUUCUGGUCAGACAAAAGGGACCUUUUCUUGUCCAGUGACAAUGCUUCUCAAAACCCGAGCUGUCUUUUCACCUGGUCUUCGCAUGUGCGCCACACAUGUGAUGACAGGGCCGACGACAGUGAUUGAAUCAGGAAGACCCAGUUCAGACAUGUCUGAAUUCCGAAAGGCCUUCACUAAAGCCAAGAACAUAGCAAUCAUCACCGGAGCGGGCGUGAGCGCAGAGAGUGGAGUACCAACUUUCAGGGGAGAACAUGAGAAGUGGAGGAAGUGGCAUUCUCAGGACCUUGCUUCUCCAGAAGCCUUCAACCGUAACCCGUCUCGGGUCUGGGAGUUUUACCAUUACAGGAGGCAGCUCGUGUUGGACAAGAAGCCCAGCGCCGUCCAUUUUGCCAUAGCAGAGUGCGAAGCUCGUCUGAAGAAGCAGGGACGCUCUGUGGUAGUUAUCACCCAGUGCCAAGACGAUUUGCACCGACAGGCUGGGUCAAAACAUGUGCUCAGGAUACACGGCAGUCUGCUGGAAACACGCUGUAUGAGUUGUGGACAACUGACUGUGAACAAGCAAAGUCCCAUAUGUGCCGCCUUAAAGGGCAAAGGAGCACCUGGCGGAGAUGUUCCGGAUGCACAGAUUCCUGUGGAUAAACUGCCAAGAUGCGAGGAGAGAGACUGCCAUGGUCUUCUGAGGCCCAAUGUGGUCUUCUUUGGAGAGACUCUGGACUCUCACAUCCUGACGAAGGUUGAAAAGGAAAUAGAAAUCUGUGAUCUCUGCCUGGUGGUGGGGACGUCAUCCAUUGUUUACCCAGCAGCCAUGUUUGGUCCACGGGUUGCAUCCAGAGGUGUUCCAGUGGCAGAGUUUAACAUGAAUACAACACCCAAAACUGAAUAUUUCAUGUACCAUUUCCAGGGUCCAUGUGGAACCACGCUGCCUCCAGCUCUGGCACCGCAUGAGUCAGAGGAGUUGUAAAAACCAUUGGUCUAAUUUCUUAGAUAAAAGUCGGUGGUGUCUUCUACAUUCUCAUACAAAGCUGCUGGAUUUCCUCACAGUUUAUUAAAUUGCAAACUGUCCAAAAAACA